GGAACGCCACCAAAUUGGAACGCCCAAACGGGGAAAAAAGUCAGUCGCCUCACCUAGGGUUCUUCCCCUCCCCGAAGCCCUGGAGCCGUCCAAAAAGUCCGCGCCCAGAGCCGGCCACCUUCUAAAGAUCCAGCCAGAAAGGAGGAAUCGCUGAAACAAUAUCCAGUUCUCGAGUUUGUUCUCCAUGGCGGAUGACGAGCUUGUUGAUCCAAAGAAAUAUCUUGAGGAACGUUGCCAGCCUAGAUGCGUAAAAGCUUUAUAUGAAUAUCGGGAGUGUGUCAAGAGAAUCAAGGACGAUGAAACAGGGCACAAGCACUGCACUGGCCAAUAUUUUGACUAUUGGAAAUGCAUUGAUAAAUGUGUAGCAGAGAAGCUUUUUGAUAAGCUAAAGUGAUCAAGGGAUGCUGCAUUUGGUGGACGAUGUUUUUUGUGCUGCUUCUUUAUUCAUUAACCUCCAAUAAAUUCAUGUUCUAGCCACCACAUGCCUGAACUAUUGUUACUCAGUUGUUACCGCUACUGAUGAUCUCCAUAUUAAACUGCUUACUUGUCAAUUGUCACUGUUAUUGGUGGCACUAUGAUUGCGGUGGAAAUAUGCAUUAAUGUGUUAUGCUGACCGUAGAAAAUCAUUCUCGACAGCACAAAAAUUCUGAUAAUUUUGUUUAUUAAGGGAGGGAUGUUAUGCUA